CGAUUCGUGAAUUAUCUUUCCCAUUCAAAACAACAAACAAAACGAAAACGAAGCAGAAACAAACAGGGACAGAGAAAGAAAUAUUCAGCUCAGCUUUAGCCGAGCCAAAUGGACUUAUGGCAGAAAGCGCGCACCUUUGCGGAGGAAGCGGCACGGCGGUCGCAGGAGCUGACGAAGGAAGCUGCGAAGCGAUCAUCUGAGCUGACAGUUGGCUCCUCGAAGCUUUCGGACAUUGUAUCGGAAGCGUCGAAGCGGUCAAAGGAGAUCGUGGCCGGGGCUUCAAAGAGAGCCGAGCAGAUCAGAAUUGAAGCCGUCAAACGAGCCGACCAGAUCAAGUCUCUUGCUGAAAACAUCGCUCCUCAGGGUGUGCUCGCGUCACAGCAGCAACAGGAGGAGGACCUGGAGAAGUUUGGAAUCACUGAAGAGUUGAGAGAGUUCGUUAAGGGAAUUACUAUUGACACCUUUGAGGAUUUUCCGUUAGAAGAUGAUUUAGAGAUGUCUGAUGUCCCCACUGAAUCAAAUGUUCAGAAGGAUCUUAAUGAAUGGCAAGAAAAACAUGCUACUCUUGUUCUUUCCAAGGUUAAGGAAAUAUCAAAGUUAAGAUAUGAGUUGUGCCCACGUGCUAUGAAAGAGAGGAAGUUUUGGAGGAUCUAUUUUAUUCUAGUUAACAACCAUGUGGCAGCCUAUGAGAAGCUGUACAUGGAACAUGUUAAGCUCAAAUCUAAAGAAGAGGUAAAGGAUGAUAGAGUGGAAGAAAGUUCAAAGGUUGAAAUAAUUCCUAUAUCAGGGGCAAAGGAAUCAAAUGAGCUGCAGCAUAAGGCUUCAACAGCAUCUACUAGGGAAGAAGACUUGGACAUUUUUCUCCUGGGUGGAGACAGUGAUGAAGGCCCAGGUUUGUCAGAUGAUGGUGAUGAAGUAUUUGAUGAUGACUUUGACAGGAUGGCGGAUAGUUCAGAUGAUGAGAAAGAGAAGUCUGAAAAGAUCAGUGAAGUGGCUAAGACAUGAUCAUUGCUGCACAGGUUCUAAAGAAUGGGAAAAUUGCCACGAUGAUGAAUGGAAUCAAUGUUUGUCCUCUUUUUCCCUUGCCUUUUUCUUUCAAAUCCUUAAUAUUUGUUUUCUAUCUUCCUUUUUCCUUUCUCUUUUUUCCUUUCUGGGGUGGGGAGCCUGAGCCAUCUCUCUAUGUAAAGAAAGUUAUUUAUUCUUUUACUCUUCUCAGUUGUAGUAAUCCUUAAUGUAAAUUUCAGUCAGUUUACUUAGUGCCAA